CACCAGCUUGAAGGGGAAGAGGCAGAAGGAGCCUCCUACAAAUACUUUCUGAGAGACUCUGUGAAGUCCGAACAAGCCAAGAAAAUGAAGGAUGUACUCUUGAUCCUGAUUUUAAUGUGCUUAAAAUGGAUCAGCACAGAAGCCGAUUCAGGUGGUGUGGCCCUAAGCACACCUGUGGACAGUGGAAUGGAAACAAGCCACCAUGGCUUGAUUUUGACAACAACUUUACCUGCUGCCACAGAGAAACCAACUGUUUUACAAAAUACAACCCAGGAGGUGGAUGAAAAACACAGCUCUCCUUUAGUCAUGGAAGAGAUUCAAGGAUUACAGACUCCAGCGGCAAUACAGCAGAAGAAAUCUUUAAAUCUUACAAAUCCUAAUAGCGGCAACAGCAUUAACAGUGAUUCUUCAAAUGUAAAAGCAUCAGUCUUAUCUAAUAGCACAAAAAUCCCAGUGCAAAUCAGUCCUAGAAAGGGUCCUCUUCAAAGGGAAGUUUCCAAAGGAGCAACUGUGAGUAGAUCUUCUAGGCAAUCAGGGUACAGCAGCAGCAGCAGCAGCAGCAGCAGCAGCAAGCAAAAUAUGGACUCAAAAAAGCCUAGCUUUGAAACCACCAGGGGCAAGAAUUGGUGUGCCUAUGUUCAUACAAGGCUCCAGCCCACUAUUGUAGUUGACAAUGUAGAAAGCUAUGCAUCAGGGAGAGCCGUGCCAUGCAACUGGAUUACAGGACCCUGUGGGUCAAGCUCCCAGUCAAGGACUCACCAAGCUUACAGGAUCAAACACAUGAUAGUGACAUCACUGGAAUGGAAGUGCUGUCCGGGAUAUAGUGGAGGAACAUGCCAGCCCAAAGCUCAACAGGAUCAAUUGCUUACUCAGAGCAACCAAGUGGAGAGCAACACAGCUGUCAAUGGCAGGACACUAGGAAACCAACCAUCACAAGAACAGCAGGAUCCCAGCGACCCAGGUCUCAAGUCCAAAAGUAUUACUGAGCUAGUCAAAGAAAUCGCAAAAGAACAGUUUAAAGUUCUCCAGAGUGAUAUGCAAGAAACAAUGGCCCAGAUUUUCAGGAUUGUAUCUGGUCUGUCUGAAGAUCUUGAGAACACCAAAGAACUGAUCAAGAGUUUGAAUGGUUCUCAGCAAAAACUUGUCACGGAUAUAGCAACUAGGCCUACAAGGAUGGAAAUCCAAGAGAUAAGGAGCCAGAUCCUACAUAUUGAUCAAGACAUCAGCUUUACAUGUAACCAGCCAAUCAAAGACCUUCAGGAAAAGCAAAGGUCGAUAGAAGUUGCCUUGGAGCAUCAAACUUCAAAGAGUGACAUUUAUUAUGAAUCACUGAACAAAACUCUGACUCAGAUGAAAGAGGUGCAUGAACAGCUCUUGUCAGCUGAACAGAGCUCAGACCAAAAUUUGCCUACAUCAAGUAAAUCAGUGAGUGAUAACCUUACUGAUUACAUGAUUAGUCUACAUGAGAAAGUGAAAACACAGAGUCUGAUGGUUCUGCAGCUGUAUGAUGAUCUCAGAGUCCAAGACAGCAAAAUCAACAACCUCACGGUAACAUUAGAGAUCCAGAGAGACAGUCUGCAAGAAGAAUGUGAUGACAUGUUGUCCAAAUGCAGACAGAAUUUCAAAAUGCAACUGAAGGGCACAGAAGAAAAUAUGCAUGCAUUAAACAAAACAGUGGAGAAUCUUGUGUUCCCCUUGAAUGAUAAGAUGGACAGAAUGAAUGAGCAAAUUAAUGACCUCUGUUACGAUAUGGAGAUCCUCCAACCUUUGAUUGAGCAAGGAGUUCCUUUCAGCCUUACCUCAGAUUAUGAGCAGCAGAUUGAAACAGAAGCUAUAAACAGAAGGGUGGAAAAUUUAACUAGUAUUGUAACAGGAGUAAACUCUACUAUUCAAGAACUCACCAACAGUCAGAAAGAUCUUAAAAAUGAAGCUCAGGCUUACAAGGAAAUCUCAGAGAGGCGUAUUAAUGAAUGUUUUGCUUUAGUGGAGGAUGGCAUAAACAAGGCAAUGACAGUUAUGAACGAGGCCAUUGAUUCUAUCCAGGAUAACUAUGUCCUGAAAGAAACUUUGAGUGUCUUCAGAAAUGAAACAGAAGCCUGCUGCAAUGGGGCAGAGAAGGUGGAAAGCAUAUUAACACUAGUACCUCAGUUCCAACAAAUGAAUGAAUCCCUUCAGAUACUAAUCAGUGAAAACCACAAACUUGACUUUACUUCAAAAAGAAUUCGUACUCCUUCAGAGCCUUCAUCUGAUAAAAACAUCAUUCCUCAUCUAAGCCCAGUUUAUUAUGAUCAAAGCAAAACAUCUUUAACUUUACAAGAGCGUCAACAAGGUACAGGGCACUCUGAGCAGAAACCAUUGUAUCCCAUGCAGGAAAAUGAAGAUCCUGAAGUUCGCUUGCAGGCUGUGGAAGCAAAAAUAAACAAGUUUUUGGCAAAUAACUGCAUCUCAGUAAGAAAUGUCAAAACUGCUGCAACAGAAAAUGAGAAAGUGGUCUCAGGACAGCUUCAGGCCCUGAGUUCUAGAAUCAGAGCACUUGAAGCCAAAUCUAUACGGUUCUCUCUGAGCAUCCCUCUCUUAAACAAAACUGCCUACGAAGCUCGGAGCUUGUGUCAGGAUGUCUCUGGAAGCAUUCAAGCCAUGAAUGCCAGCAUUCCCAGACAGAUGAAACUUGUACAUCCAGAUACUUUGCUGUUUCAGAAAGGCAUGGAAGAGCUCACUGAAUCCAUACUGGAGGUCAAAGCAGGAGUUAUCCUGUCCAAUCUAACCUGGUAUGUAGACAAGUCCCUAGCUGAUGCAGUAGACAAUAUUAUGAAACGUCUGAAGGCAACUCCUGCAAUUUCUAAGAAACCACUGCCAGCAAAAAAGAUACCAGUGAAUACUGCUGGAAAUCAAGCAGGACGGAGUCAGAGAAACACAGAUACUACUCUAGAAGCAGGUAAUGUGUAUCUGAGCUGCAGUAGCUCUCCAUGCCAAAACGGGCACGGGGGCACCUGUGUAAAGAAGAAAGGUUUUGUCUGUGCUUGCCGCAUCCCUUGGUGGAGCCACUGCAGCCAAAGAUGAAUUGGUAAAAAUAAGCAGAAUAUAUUUUUCAAAGGCUCUUACCGGUAUGCACCAAUGGUUGCCUUUUUUGCUUCACACACCUAUGGGAUGAAUUCUCGGCCUAUUCGAUUCAAUAAUCUGGAUGUCAACUAUGGGUCCUCCUACGUCCCAGCAAAUGGAAGGUUCCGUGUGCCCUAUCUUGGUGUUUUAGUCUUUGAAUACACCAUUGAAUCAAGCAGCCCAGUCCUCUCAGGGUAUGUAGUUGAUGGAAUAGAUAAACUGGCUUUCCGGUCUGAAAUGCAAAUAUCACAAGAUGUUGAGAGGGUAGUUACUGGUGAUGCCUUACUGGAACUGAACUAUGGACAAGAAGUUUGGCUGAGACUGGCAACAGGUUCUAUCCCAGCCAAAUAUCCACCCAUAACUACAUUUACUGGCUACUUAUUGUACCGUACAUAAACUAGUUACACACAAAAGCUU